AUGCGUGGCAAGUCACGCAGAGGGGGGACUGGAUGGCUCCAAUGUGAUGAAGCGGUUCCUGUUGAUGCAAAGAAUAAGAGGAUGAUGAAAGAAGUAGUAACGGAGGAACCUUCUUCUGCAGCAGUGUCGCAGCAGCAGCGACGAACGAUGCCCAUGAACUUUUUCCCCCACCAGCCUCAGCCUCACCUCCAGCAAUUACGUCAGUCUCCGUUUUCAUUCAACUUCAGCAGCCAACAGCAGCAGCGACCAACUGAUCAACCCGAAAAUCUGGACAGAUUUUUGACGAGGCCCUUCACUUCCUACACUGCUUUAUUAACUGAAGAAGAUGAUUGUGUCCCUGGUCCUCUCAGACGCAUGUAUGACCACAUUGAUCAGAUUACAAAAUCCCACAGUGGAGAAGUGAGAAACAUGUUGUUCGAUGUUUAUAGGCGGUACUACAAUAGUCUUAUAAGCACUGUGAAUCAGGAAGCAGAGAAAAAAUUGAUAGAGAAAGAAGAAGAGUUGAGGCAGGCGAAGACGAAAAUUGUGGAUAUGGAGCAGACGAUACGCCAGUUAACUUACCAGGGUCGGCACUUGCAAACAAGAAUUAAGAAUCUUGACAUGAGGUCUGCAGCACAGGAAGCUCGUCUUUGUGCGGCUGCUCAAGCGGGGGCAGCACAACAACACGAGUCCGCCGAGUCCUCUUACUUUGAUCCCAAUAGGGUGGAUCCUGUGGCCCCUUGCAGAGCCUGCUUCAAGGCAGAGGCGGCUGUCAUUAUAUUUCCGUGUCGCCAUCUUUGCGUCUGUGCAUCAUGCGCUGCUACUGUGAAUGUUUGCCCUGUUUGUCUAACUCCCAAGUGUGCUACACAUGAAGUCGUUUUUCCUUGA